AUGCCAGGGCUGAUUAACCGGACGACCCGCUCCCCGAUCCCCCUCACCGCGUCGGAGGUGACAUCGUGCGUCAGUGGCUAUGCCUUCGGGAUGACAGCCUUGCUCACCUACUGCAACCCAGAAGCUCAGGCUUUUGAAGGUCUCUUUGUCUACCCCUUGGAUGAGUGCACCACCGUCGUGGGGUUCGAGGCUGCCGUGUCCCAGCGUGCCGUGACAGUGCAGAUCAAAGAUAAAGCCAAGAUAGAUGACAUGUAUUUCAACAGCUGCAGCCUCCCCGAUGGAAAAGCUCGUGACGGAAGCGGAAGGAUCAUGAUGGAUGAGGACUUGGAGAGGAUUGGUUUUGUGGCUAACCUGGGCAUGAUUCCUCCCCUGGAAAGCGUCUCCAUCUUCAUCAGCACCUCCUCUGAGCUGCAGACACUGCCCAGUGGGGCUGUGAGGGUCCUUCUGCCAGCUGUGUGUGUCCCCAGGGUCCCCCAGCCCAGCCUGGAGAGUGCCAGCAGCCUUUCCAGCCACCAGCUCCGAACGGAGAAGCACUACUGUGGAUCGGGGAGCCAGGAGCACGGGAGCAGGUUCUGCCUGGCUCAGCUGCUGGAGCGUGAGGCCACCAACCCCUUUGAGUACGAGUUCAGCUUCCACCUGGAGAUCCGGGGGCCGUGCUUGCUGGCAGGUGUUGAGAGCCCUACGCACGAGAUCCGAGCGGACGCUGACCCCUCCGCUCGCUCCGCCAAGAGCAUCAUGAUCACGCUGGCCAACAAGCACACCUUUGACAGACCCGUGGAGAUCCUGAUCCAUCCAAGUGAGCCCCACAUGCCUCACAUCUUAAUGGAAGAAGGUGAUAUGACACCUGCAGAGUAUGAACGACACCUGAAGGGGAAGAAUGAUUUCAUUAAAGGCACUAAGAAAGACCCCAGCGCUGAGAAAAAGAUGGAAAUCAUCAGGAAGCGACUGAAUAAGGACAUCCCCCACCACCCCGUCAUCAUGCUCAACUUCUGCCCUGACUUGAGGACCAUCCAGCCAGACCUCCGGAAAGCGCAAGGAGAAUUUAUCUUCCUCAUAGACCGCAGCAGAAGCAUGAGCGGUGUGAACAUCAAACGCGAUGCCCUGUUGGUCGUUCUCAAGAGCCUGAUGCCAGCGUGUCUCUUCAACGUCAUUGGGUUUGGAUCCACUUUCAAGACCCUCUUCCCUGUCAGUCAGACUUACUGUGAGGAGAGCCUGGUCAUCGCCUGCGAGAGCAUCAAGAGGAUCCGGGCCGAUAUGGGUGGCACCAACAUCUUGUCACCUUUGAAGUGGGUCAUUCGACAGCCCAUUCACAGGGGCCAUCCCCGACUGCUCUUUCUGCUGACAGACGGGGCCAUCAGCAACACGGGGAAGGUCCUGGAGCUGCUGCGCAACCACUCGUGCUCCACCAGGUGCUACAGCUUCGGCAUCGGGCCAAACGCCUGCAGGAGACUGGUUAGGGGGCUGGCUGCCGUGUCCAGGGGCAUCGCCGAGUUCCUGGCGGAGGACGAGAGGCUGCAGCCCAAGAUCAUCAAGUCGCUGAAGAAGGCAAUGGCACCGGUCCUGAGCGACGUGUCCGUGGAGUGGGUCUUUCCUGAGAGCACCGAGGUGUUAGUUUCCCCUGUCAGCACCAGUUGCCUCUUCCCUGGUGACCACCUGGUCAGCUACGGCAUCAUCUGCGACACGUCCCUGUACAUCUCCAACCCCCGAUCUGUGAGUGCACCCCAGGACAAGAGGCGGCGUUACAGCAUGAUGCAUUCCCAGGAGUCGGGCAGCUCUGUUUUCUUUCACUCCCAAGAGGAAGGAGCAGGCGUGGAGAGCUGGAACCACUCCAGAGACUCAGAGGGCUGCUGCCCCGCCGAGCAUGCCCCCGACCACUUGGUGGUGGGCAGAGAUCCCGGGGGAGAAUCAGACACGGACACCGACAUGAAGGCUUCCUCCAGGAGACGGGCGUACAGCACGACCCAAAUCGCUGACCAUGAGCCUUGCAAGAAGGUGCCCACAGCCAGUGAUCCCGGCACCACUCUGGUGAAAAACCCCCUUCGGAAAACCCACCUGCAGGACCUGCAGCAGGUCAGCCCCGAGCCCUGGCAGGUGGAUUUCCAGCCCUUCGCAGCCAGCCCGCAUGUCUCUGCCACGAGGAUCCGCGGCGCGGGUGCCCGGCGGCCGUCCCUGCUCCACCGGAGCUGCAUGUCCUUCUGUCACGACGCCGACUCCCCGCCAGUGCCGGACGGGCUGCAGCAAGCGGCUCCGGGAAGGGGCUUGGGAGCGCUGGAUGCCAGCGGGAGCCUGUGGUCUUCCUCGGACAGCCGGAGCCCCGGGGACCUGGAGUCUGCCCAGCAUCCUUCCUUCACGUUUGAAACGGAGACCUCCUCUGACUGGGAGCCCCAGGACUUCAACCUCAGCGCUGCCGGCGGCUCCCCACACGCCCCCCGGACCCUCUGCAAGGCGGUGGUGAAGGGGCUGAGGAGCAACGAGCCCGUGCAGUGGGAAGUCACCUUCGAUAUCCACCCUCUCUUCCAAGAGCGGGCGAGCCAGGCGGAGGGCGACGCAGACCUGUGGAGUGAGACCUUCCACCACCUGGCAGCCAAGUCGGUCAUCCGGGACUUGGAGCAGCUUGCCGAGAGGGAGUGUGAAAUCGAGCACGGAUCUGGGCGGCGGUACCAGGUCAACGCUGUCCACACCAGCAAGGCGUGCAACGUCAUCAGCAAGUACACGGCGUUCAUGCCAGUGGACCUGAGCACCAACGCCUACCUGCCCACCGUCGUGGAGUACACCCACACAGGGGCGGCAUCCAAGCAAGGCAGCCAGAGAAGCCUGAGCUCGGGAAACAGAAGGCAUCGUGGCUUUUCCCCUGGACAUCCUCAGUCAGUUUGCGGCCAGAAUGGAGAUGACGGAUUUUACAGCAUGAAUGCAGAGGAGAGCAGCCUGUCACCCUGCAGUACCCCUUCCUCCUCGGGCUGGGAGCGCUGCGGUCUCCCCGAAGGGCCGUUACAGAGCCUGUCUGCUUCCUCUGCACAAGCCCCAAAAUCCAUCGAGAGCCUCUUUGCUGCUAGGCUGACCCUCAGUAAAACCAGGCUGCUGGUUCGAGCUGCCAAAGGGUUCAUGAGUAAAUCUCCAAGCAGAGGAAGCGAAGCCAGCUCCGAGGGUGACAAUGAGAACAUCGACUACCUUCCCCUGGCAUCUCUGCAGCUGGCCUGCGGUGCCUUUCUGAUGAACUCAGCCUUCUGUGAUGCCAUCAACAUCCCCAUGGAGAAGCUAAAGUGGACAUCUCCCUUUGCCUGCCAUCGCCUGGCCCUCAGCCCCUCCAGCUCCUACAGCACCAAGAAGGCCAGUCCUCCUGCGGAGCACAAGAGCCUCAGCUCUGGCCGGCAGCUUCUGGUUCCCGAUGGGCACGGGAAGAGUCCCACCACCAGAGACGUUGCUCCAGGCAGCGCCGUGGAAAGCAUCUCCAAAGCUCUGAAAGCUGAGAAGGAACUCUCCCCACCAGCCAUCACCAUCCGCCGCUUCUCCUCCCCGGAGAGCACACCGGCCUCGGCUGAGUGGCAAGCUAACAGCGGCCGGGGUUCAGAGGAUGGUUCCGAGGUCCAAGCGUUGCUGUUCGACAUCGAGCUGCAGCAGCAGACGGAGCCGGAGGGGAUGCUGUGGGCCACGGCGGUGGCCCUGGCCUGGCUGGAGCACAGCUCGGCUUCCUACUUCAUCGAGUGGGAGCUGGUGGCUGCCAAGGCCAACCUGUGGCUGAGCAACCAGGACUUCCCGGAGGGAUACAGCCUGGCCACCGUGAAAGCCGCAGCCCAGCAGCUCUUUGUCCUGCUCCGGCACUGGGAUGAAAACCUGGAGUUCAACCUGCUGUGCUACAACCCAAGCAGUGUGUAAAGAGGACGAGGAGAGAGGCUUGGGCAGCUUACCGAGGGCGCAGGAGCAGGGACCCAUCCGCAAGGAAACACCUCCAGGGAGCUCAGCUUGUGUGCUGCAGGGGCAGCGCGUGUUUAUCAGAGCAAGCCCUGCCCACGGAGGCAGCCGGGCAAAAUCCUGUGCUCAGCGGUUGGUAUUUUGCCCCAGGAGGUACCUACCAGCUGCCCGCAGCAGGAUGCUAUUUAUUUUUAACCGGUGCAGCACCUCCGGCUACAGCA